CUUUCUACUACAAAUUGAAUAUUCUGUUUCUCAUUUCUCUCGUCAAGGUUCAAUUUAACCUUCAUAAAAAUCUCCAUUGUUGUUAUUCAAUGGCAAACUGGGUGAUAAGGUCAAGAACCAUUGCCCAUCAUCUAAACAAAAAGAUGGGCUUGUUUGGAAUUCUCAAUCUUAGUUCUUGGAAUAGUACUUCUAAUUCCUUUCAUUCGAGUUCUUCAACAAUGCCACUUGGUGACAAACAUGGAAGACCACAUGCAAUUUUUGGUGAUUCAGCUACCCAUUUCGCCGUUCGGCGUUUCAAAUCCACCGAAGCUGAAAGAGUGUCCGAUACAAAAUUCAUUAACCAGGAUGGAGGUGAUCAGGCCUUGGAUUUUCCUGGAGGAAAGGUUGAAUUUACUUCAGAAAUGAAUUUCAUUUCCGAGUCUGCCGAUAAAAGAGUACCUUGUUAUCGAGUUCUCGAUGACAAUGGAGAGCUGAUCGUGUCCAACAACUUUGUACAGGUAAGAAAGGAAGUGGCCAUAAAGAUGUAUAGUGACAUGGUCACCCUUCAAAUGAUGGACAACAUAUUCUAUGAAGCACAAAGGCAAGGAAGAAUCUCUUUUUAUUUGACCACAUUAGGGGAAGAAGCAAUUAACAUUGGCUCAGCUGCUGCACUUAGUGCAGAUGAUCUUGUGUUGCCUCAGUACCGGGAGCCUGGACCUCUCAUGUGGCGUGGAUUUACACUGCAAGAAUUUGCAAACCAGUGCUUAGGAAACAAGGAAGACAAAGGAAAAGCCAGGCAGAUGCCUAUCCAUUAUGUCUCUAAGAAACACAACUACUUCGCUGUGUCAUCACCUAUUGCCACACAACUUCCACAAGCCGUGGGUGCUGCAUAUUCUCUUAAAAUGGAGGGAAAGAAUGCAUGUGUAGCUACUUAUAUUGGAGAUGGUGGUACUAGUGAGGGAGAUUUCCAUGCUGGUAUGAAUUUUGCAGCAGUUCUGGAAGCCCCCAUCAUUUUUAUUUGUCGUAACAAUGGAUGGGCCAUUAGUACUCCUAUUGAAGAACAAUUUCGAAGUGAUGGAAUUGUUGUAAGGGGUCGGGCUUAUGGAAUUCGAAGCAUCCGGGUGGAUGGGAGUGAUGCUCUUGCUGUAUUAAGUGCAAUUCGCACUGCUCGUGAAAUGGCUAUAAGUGAACAAAGACCAAUUUUAGUUGAGGCCCUUGCAUAUAGAGUAGGACACCAUUCCACCUCUGAUGAUUCCACAAAGUAUCGAUCCGUGAAUGAAAUUGAAUACUGGAAAACAGCUAGAAACCCUGUAAAUAGAUUUAGAAAAUGGAUAGAAAGGAAUGGCUGGUGGAGUGACAAAGAUGAAACUGAGCACCGAAGCAGCGUUAAAAAGCAGCUACUGCAAGCAAUUCAAAUUGCAGAGAAGACAGAAAAACCUUCAAUUGAAGGCUUAUUCUCUGAUGUCUAUGAUCAUCUGCCAUCAAACCUUCAAGAGCAAGAGGAACAAGUUAGAGAAACCAUCAGAAGACAUCCGAAAGACUACCCAUCUGAUGUUCCUGUUUAGAAAAUAUUAGCUAAAUAAGGACCAACAGAUGUGACUUCAUGAAAACUCAAAUGAUAAUGUGUAA